CUUGCUCACUUCACUUCGGUAUGGCUGCUUCCCAGAAAUUGCAGAGGUGUGUUGUGUCUCAAACAGGAAAACAUUCUGCAUCGAUAAUCUUCCUCCAUGGCUCAGGAGACACGGGCUUGGGUCUCCGGGCAUGGGUCCGAGACACGUUUCACUUGGCGUUCCCCCACAUCAGAAUAAUCUAUCCCACGGCUCCCCCCAGACCCUACACACCAAUGCGAGGGGCUGUGUCGAAUGUGUGGUUUGACCGCUACAAGAUCUCCAGGGACUGCCCCGAGCACCUGGAGUCUGUGGAUGCCAUGUGCUCCAGUCUGGGCUCCAUCGUCCAGGACGAAAUCCAGGCUGGCAUCCCCAAAGACAGGAUAGUCAUUGGUGGGUUCUCCAUGGGGGGAGCCAUGGCUUUGCACCUGGCCUGUAGGCACCACCCAGAUGUUGGAGGGGUCUUCGCACUGUCCAGCUUCCUCAACAAGGACUCAGUCGUCUAUCAGGCGGUGGAGGAUCGCCAGGCCGCCGGCAUGCCAGAGCUUUUGCAGGUCCACGGUGCCAGUGACGAGCUGGUGCUGCACGAGUGGGGCGAGCAGACCAGCGCCCUCUUGAGGCGGGCGGGCAUGAGCGUCUCCUUCCACACCCUGCCAGGGCUCCAGCACCAGCUCUGCGCCCCAGAACUGCAGCUGCUCCGGGCCUGGCUGGUGCGCAAGCUGCCCCCCCUCGACCAGGAGACCCAGGAGGAUGACUAGCACCCAGAUUGGAUAGGAAGGCGAUCUGCCCUACAAAGGCAAAGUGCCGCAACUACGCCAGGGAUGUCAAACUCAGGACCGGGGGCCAAAUUUGGCCUUCGGAGCCAUUUUGUUUGGCCCGCGAGAUCAUUUCAAAUGUCUAUUACAGUUGUCCCACAUACACCAUUAAUGUAAAGCGUAACACGGCUUGAAAAUGAAAUUUGCUGUGUCACAGGAUGUGCAGACACAUUUUAACUAACAAAUAUGAUGGGAAAGAGUGUAUGUGAAAUUUAAACAUGAGUAUGAAGUGCAUGCAUGCACAAUUUUAGUCCAUUAAAAAAAAUAAUGUUGAGUUCAGCCCGCGACAUCAUUCCAGAUUUAGAUUUUGGCCCUUGGUCAAUUUGAGUUUGACACCCCUGAACUACACCAACAUUGAAACAGAGAAAAAGGCCUCCAAAGUGUUGGUUGGAUGUUGUAGGUAGGCUACUGCAAAUUUGACAUGGCAAUAUCUCUGAGAUGGGACACAUUUGGACCAUAAGGCUUUGUCACAAGAUAAAGGAGGUGUAAUGAAGACCAUUUUCAGUCUAAACUCAUUUUUGACCAAACGUGUGGUUACUGCACUUUGCCUUUGUAGGGCAGUGUUGGUGGUGUCUGCUGUCUGGAUGAGCAGGACAGCACUGGUGGUUGGAGACACACACACACACCCGUGCAUAGAAAUGCACGUACACAGCGAUGCGUGGAUGCACAAUAUUGUGCAUGCAUACAGUACAUGUACAUAGUAUACACACAUGCAGUAUACGCACAAACAUGGAUGCAUAUGGUAAUUUCAUGUUUGCACAAACACACUCACAGGCACACCACAGCACAGCACAGUUGCAUACAGGGAAUAUUCAGUUUUUUAACAGAAUCUUGGAAGUGUUCAGUUUGUGUAAAGAGUCAUGUAAAGUCUUUAUUCAUUACGAAUGUGGCCGUAUUCCAGUAGCCAUAUUCCGGUAGCACAGCGCUCUUCCACACAUCUAAACAGAACUUGUUUUAAACUGAAUACUGCCGCUAUUUUGGUCAAAAUCGAUGUACACGCACACACGCACACACACACACACACACACACACACACACACGCGCGCGCGCGCAAACAUGAGUAAAUACAUACACGCACACACAGACACCUCCACAGGUCACAAACGGGUCACAAAAUCACUAAAUUCUCAAGGGAAUGAAUUAAAUCUUAAGCACUGUGCAGGAUUAAAAUGAACGUCUGUGUAUCCAAUGACCUCAUUCACUGAUUCAUUGUCCUGCCAAAACCAUCCUCUUGGUACGUAGUUACCUGUGGCUUCACCUGUGCAUUGUGCAGUGUAUCAGCAUCACAUGGAGAGAAUGCAGAAAGUAUUCAUUGUAUAGUUCCAUUAUAGAAUGUAAUCUGUGAAUCAAAGAAAGUUUUCGAUUAUUAGAGAUUAUCGUGUAUAUAUGUUGUGCCAAUCUAUGCAUAUGUUUGCCAAAUGUACCAUGAGUGGGGCAUAUUAUACAUUAUAACAUAAGUAUAUGUGACAUUAUUGUGUAAUAAUUGUGUGGAAUGCAGCUAAAUAGCUGUAUCCUCCAAAUGCCAGGAAUUAUGCAUUCGAUCACAUAUUUAUUGUGGGUUCCAUUUUUUUCCCCCUUUGGAAGACUCAGCACUUUCUUCAACAAAACGACUCUAAAAUUUGAAAUGUGUUUUAUCUUGUUUUUAUUUGAAAUGCAAUAAAUGUUGUCGAAAGUUCA